AUUAUCUGUCUCAGAUUUCACAGCCAAACAUAUCCAUUUCAGCCACUCAUGUCCAGUGUUUUAGUGAGAUACAUGUCGUGGUGCCAUGGCGCUGUUGGUGUUCCUCCUCGCCUUGUCUUUGGUAAAUGGGGACUAUAACGUCAGUCUUGAGGAGGUUUCUUCCGUGUUUUUACCGACAACUGGACGAGUGUGGGAUUACAAAGUCGUCCAACGUGCGUCCUAUGACGCCGACAACAAGAUCCUAUACGUUGUUGGGGGACUUAGCAGGUUCGUGAUUGAUAUGAAGACCCCCUCGAACCUCGCCCCGGUCCGUGCUGACACCUCUCAGCAAGGUAACGUGGAGUACACCGACAUCUCCUGCUGCGGCAACUACUUCAUCCAGACUACUCACGACAUCGCUUUUCCACCCAACGGAACGGUCAAGAUAUUCAAGAAGUUCGAUGCCAGUAGACCAACGGAAGAGAUCUACUCUGCCCAAGUUGGCGAGAACCCGAGUAGUGUGAAGUUUCUGCCUGGGUGUCGGACAGCCAUUGUCACUGUGAAAGGAAGUGCUUACAAAUCCGGAAGUGAUUUCAUUGACCCUAAGGGCAAGGUCCUUCUUGUCCGACUUCCGGGUGCCAGGUACCCUGGGAGCUUCGCCAGCAACGUUGACAUCACAGCGUUGGAUUUCACAAAGUUUGAUGACCGGGUCAACGAGCUGCUCAGCGGUGGAGCCAGGUUUGUGUACCGGGACCGUCACAACAACUUCUCCAAUGACGUCGACCCGAGCAAGAUAACGGUGACGCCGGACGGGAAGACAGCGUACAUUGGUCUGCAGCGCACUAACGCCGUGGCAGUGUUGGAUGUCAGGUCCGGCAACAUCGUCAGUAUCCGUGGUCUCGGACUAAAGACCUGGAGGAACCUGUUUAUGGACGCGUCAGACCAAGACGGGGGUAUCAACAUGAGGGAGUGGCCUAUCUAUAGCUACUACCUCCCUGACGGUAUUGAGUACAUGACUCACAACGGCAACAACUACAUCGUCACAGCCAACGAGGGCGACGAUUACGACUACAGCGAUAUGAUAUCAUGGAAAGAGGAAAUGAGAGGGAGAGAAUUUGUUGAAAAGAACAUGACAGCUGACAAUCUGAGCGAAGAGAUGAAGACAUGGCUGGCCAGCGAUACAAUGCUAGGGAGAUUGACGUUUACGACUCAGAACGGAGAAAGCAGUGUCACUACAGGCUACAGCAAGUUUGUCAUGUUGGGUAGUCGCAGUUUCUCCAUCUGGAACGUCACAUCCAUGAAGCAAGUGUACGACAGCGGGGACGACAUCGAGAUGAGACACGCCUAUCUCUAUCCCGACCUCUUCAACGGGGAUGUGAAUGGCACCAAUACACCCACACAGGACGCAGACAAGACGUCGCCGGGGAGGGGUCCUCAGCCAGAAAGCGUGUCAGUUGGUGCCAUUGACAGACUCACGCUGAUCUUCAUUGGUAACGAGUCUCCGGGAACCGUCAAUGUCUACUCCAUCCUGGAAGGAAUAAGGCCACGGUUCGAGUGUAUAUGGGCCGGGGUGAGAAACACUUCUCUGACCUGGAGCAGUAUGUUUACCAGCGAGGACAUGCGGGGCGUGGCCCCAGAACAUAUCAUAUUCCUGCCAAAGGACAAAAGUCCUACAGGAAAGGAGGCAGUUAUUGUGAUGGGUACGAAGUCGGGUUCCGUGACGCUGUUGAACGUGGUACUUACAGGAACGGUACCUCCAGCUAGUCAGGCCAGUGGCCUCCAGACGAGCCUCCUGCUGCUGUCUGGCAUCCUCAUCCUACACGAAGUCAUGAAGAUGCGUUUCUGAACAUGUUAAUGGAUGCUUCCAUACCCCGGAUUAUUUCUGUAUUACCCGAUCACACUACCACUGGAGGUUGUAGCGCCAUAUCACACUACCACUGGAGGUUGUAGCGUCAUAUCACACUACCACUGGAGGUUGUAGCGCCAUAUCUCACUACCACUGGAGGUUGUAGCGUCAUAUGACACUACCACUGGAGGUUGUAGCGCCAUAUGACACUACCACUGGAGGUUGUAGCGUCAUAUCACACUACCACUGGAGGUUGUAGCGCCAUAUCUCACUACCACUGGAGGUUGUAGCGUCAUAUGACACAACCACUGGAGGUUGUAGCGCCAUAUCACACUACCACUGGAGGUUGUAGCGUCAUAUCACACUACCACUGGAGGUUGUAGCGUCAUAUCACACUACCACUGGAGGUUAUGGCGUCAUAUCACACUACCACUGGAGGUUGUAGCGCCAUAUCUCACUACCACUGGAGGUUGUAGCGUCAUAUGACACUACCACUGGAGGUUGUAGCGCCAUAUCACACUACCACUGGAGGUUGUAGCGCCAUAUCACACUACCACUGGAGGUUCUAGCGUCGUAUUACACUACCACUUGGGGAUAUAACGUCAUAUCACACUACCACUGGAGGUUGUAGCAUCAUAUCUCACUACCACUUAAGUACAUAAUCAUAUCACACUACCACUUUAGGACGUAGCGUCAUAUCCCUCUACCACUUGAGGUUGUAGCAUGAUAUCACACGACCUCACCAUUUGAGGUUGUAGCGUCAUAUCACACUAGCGAUGGAGGUUGUAGCACCAUAUCACACUACCAAUGGUGGUUGUAGCGCCACAGCUGUAUGACGUCACACAACAUGACUCUGUCGGGUGUAGUUCCCAGUUUCACAACGAGUGAGGAUGCUUUAUGAAGGCGAGAGCCUGAUGCGCAUCUGUAUAUCAUUCACCCCAUGUACCCGCCCACAGUGGUAGUCGUAGGUGUGUUAUUUAAGAAAUACAGUUCGCUCUACCACCAUGUAUAGUGUAAUAAAACACACUUUUACCCUGAACUAUUAUAGU